ACAAGGAUCGCAGGAGACCGAGGGGAGACGAGGCGGCAGAGCGGAGCCGGCCGUGCGAAAGACGUACCGUCGUGUCGAGCGGAAAAUACAUUUCACCCCAGUUCCGUGCAAGUGUCAGACCAACCCGAGGAAACAGGAGGGACAUUAAACGAUGAACUGAAGGCCCUCCCAGUGAAUGCAUCUGGAGUUUGUGUGAGACGAGGAUUCCUGGUGACCAUUUGGCUGAAGCUCCCGAGUGUCUCCUGCCGCUGCUGACAGCUUCACCUGAGCCUGCGUUACCAUGGUGCUGUCCCAGAGACAGCGGGACGAGCUAAACCGAGCAAUAGCCGACUAUCUCCGCUCCAAUGGCUAUGAAGAGGCAUAUUCGGUUUUCAAGAAGGAGGCAGAGUUAGACAUGAAUGAAGAACUGGAUAAGAAAUACGCGGGGCUUCUAGAGAAGAAAUGGACCUCAGUCAUCAGGUUACAGAAGAAGGUUAUGGAAUUAGAAUCAAAGUUAAAUGAAGCGAAAGAAGAGAUCACUUUAGGAGGGCCAAUUGGACAGAAGCGAGACCCCAAAGAGUGGAUCCCCCGUCCCCCAGAGAAGUACGCCCUGAGCGGCCACCGGAGCCCUGUCACCCGGGUCAUCUUCCACCCUGUGUUCAGCGUCAUGGUGUCUGCCUCGGAGGAUGCCACAAUAAAGGUGUGGGACUAUGAGACGGGGGACUUCGAGCGCACGCUGAAGGGCCACACGGACUCUGUGCAGGACAUUUCCUUCGACCAGACCGGCAAGCUGCUGGCCUCCUGCUCCGCUGACAUGACCAUCAAGCUCUGGGACUUCCAGGGGUUCGAGUGCAUCAGGACCAUGCAUGGACACGACCACAACGUGUCGUCUGUCGCGAUCAUGCCCAAUGGAGACCACAUUGUGUCUGCUUCCCGAGACAAAACCAUUAAGAUGUGGGAGGUAGCAACGGGGUACUGCGUGAAGACCUUCACGGGCCACCGAGAGUGGGUGCGCAUGGUGCGGCCCAAUCAGGACGGCUCCCUGAUCGCCAGCAGCUCCAACGACCAGACGGUGCGGGUGUGGGUGGUGGCCUCCAAAGAGUGCAAGGCGGAGCUGCGGGAGCACGAGCACGUGGUGGAGUGCAUCUCCUGGGCCCCCGAGAGCUCCUACCCCACCGUCCUGGAGGCCACAGGCUCCGAGAUGAAGAAGAGCGGGAAGCCCGGGCCCUUCCUCCUCUCGGGCUCCAGAGACAAAACCAUCAAGAUGUGGGACGUCAGCACCGGCAUGUGCCUUAUGACACUGGUUGGCCAUGAUAACUGGGUGCGGGGCGUGAUGUUUCAUCCGGGAGGCAGGUUUGUGGUGAGCUGUGCUGAUGACAAGACCCUGCGCAUCUGGGACUACAAGAACAAGCGCUGCAUGAAGACCCUGUGUGCCCACGAGCACUUCGUCACCUCUCUGGAUUUCCACAGGGUGGCGCCGUAUGUUGUGACUGGCAGCGUAGAUCAGACUGUAAAAGUUUGGGAGUGUCGCUGAUCAUCCCAGCAGGACCACGCCCACCCCGCCCCACCCCGCCCUGCCCUGCCAGACACUCUUGGCCCAUGGUUACACCCAUCGAGCUCUGUUUAAAUAACUAUUGUCCUUUUAUGUAAAUUAUUCUGGAUGUAGAUUGAGCUAUUAAAUGUUACACAAAAAGUAUUCUUGCAUGGUGAAUCCAAAAUUGUAUACUGUAAAUGUACAUAACGUUGUGUAGGAGUACCAUAGGGUUAACCCAGCCUACCUGCUGAAGGCCCGUAUUGAUCAUGCUGAUACCGGGAAUUCAUGCGGGGCACUAAACUUAAUGACCGUGUCUUUCUCACGUGUUCCAUUACUCUGUCUAUAUUUUCAUUUAGCUUUCUUUUCUCUCUGUUGUGGUGUGUUGGUGCCUCAGGUUGAGGAGAGCACAGCUGUAUGAAAGGGGGCUGGUUACUGGGGUGUUCUGUGGCUCCAAAGUGCACGGACUGUGGACCUUUGCGUCAGGCUGUUAUCGGGAUGGUCUUUAGCUGCAGAGCACCCUGACUGUGGAUUGUGUCAAGCUGUUAACUGGCUGCUCUGUAGCUGUGGAGCGUCCUGGCUGUGGGCUGUGUGUCGGGCUGUUAUUGGAGGAUGCUGCCCCCUGUCUGUGUGGCCCUGCAUAGCACUCGGACACUGCCCCCUGACUCCACGGUGCUUCGGGCUCCCUCCUUCCUGCUGCUCCUGCGGUCUCCAGUGCUCUCACAGGGUCCUGUUGUAGAGGACUAGAUCUUGUCCCUGCAUCUGGGCCUAGUCCCUUCUGGUGACACCAGGUCCUGGUCAGCGUGCUGAGGGGUGUGGCCAGAGCUGGGGAGAAUGACAGUCUCCCCUUGAGUUGUAUGUCAGGGGAUGCAAAGAUCCCUCCCCAAAGAGAAGGAAGAGAAUGCGUUCACAUUUGUACUUUUGGAAGCGAAAAGCCAGAGGAGCUGAAGGGGAACGUUUAAGCCAGGAAGGGAAUGUUCGAUGCAGGGGGCCUCUCCCCACAUGGGACCUGUUUGUCUCCACUAAAUCCUGUCCCCACGUCUUUGGUCAGGUCUGACCGAGGAAUUAGAAGAGUUACAAAAGUAAUGAAUGUGUGUGGUUAUAGUGUAGCCUGUGACACUCAAAAUGCUGCUCAUCUUGUUUGAACUUAACAUCUGCAGCUGUCAAGCUUUAGAGAGCAGAUCUUUGUAGCUGUUAAUGAAGGCCUCCCUCCUGUGGUCACAGCACAGUUCUGUUUGCACACAGGUUGGUUUCUGUAGUCUGCACGAUUGAAGAAGAGCUGUGGCUUAGCCUUUUGUUAGGGGAUUAUGGGACUGUGGUAGACUGGGCUAGAGGAAGGAGGGUGCCCCCUGGUGGACAUCUCCAGGGCCUCCUGUAGAGUAACUUGCUGUUUGAAGAGGACAGAGCCAGACUUCAUCAAUCAGUAUGUGAGAUUCCUUUCCUGUUCUGUCUGUGCUGCUGAGGUGGGCUCGUCUGAGCCCCGUGGAGACUGUCGCAUGGCCCGAAGGCCAGCCAGAGAGGCCUGCACUGAGGUGAAAGGGGAUUGCUUUUCGCUCAGUGUCGUGUUGUGCAAAGUGUUCUGUAUCCUGUAAACUCAUGAACGUUAAGCCAAAAACAAAAAAAAACAUCAGGCGUGGAGGAGGUUCCAUUCCCCAAUGUUUCCCCAGAGAGGUCUGCAGCGUACCCAUCAGCUCUCACUGGAGGCCUGAGUUAUGGCCUGGGCCUUGGGCUGCCCACUGGGGCAGAGGUGGAGGCCUGACUGGGAAUCUCCCUCCCUGAAAGUGAAUCUUUGAAUCCUUACACGCUGGUCUUAAUCCUCGUGAUGAAAGGUGCCCUGAGAGAAAGCCACUCAUUUCAAAGCCAUCUCUGUGCCGUAUCGGGACAGAGAGACAGGUGCCGCGCCGAGUCCUCCAGCCCGGUGCCUGUCUGUCUGUCCCGCAACGUGAAAAGACUGAAACCUGCUGCUUGAAUGGGAUUUCACUCUCCACUGUCUCACUGUCCACACACUUGUUAACAGUAUAUCUGGAUGUCAUUGUUUGCAACAUAAUUA